GUUUGCGCUCGGCGGCUCGGUUAGUCAAUAACAGGCGGUUGAUAAUGUCACGUUUAUUGUUGAAGAAAAGUGGUUACUACAUUUCCCAAUUUCAAAUGUCGAGGCACUUGGUGACCGAUCCAAAAUAUGGCUUUUUAAAGCAAUUGGGCAUCAAUGUCGAAAAUCCCGGCCUCUACGACGGCAGGUGGGGUGGAUCUGGCAAGUUGGUAGAAUCGAUAUCGCCGGCGACCGGCAAAGUGAUAGCGAAAGUCCGCGAGUCCACGCCGCAGGAGGCUAGCAAUGCUGUAACAGAGGCACGCAAAGCGUGGCCGCAAUGGGCAUCUAUCCCGAUGCCGGUCAGGGGGGACAUCGUGCGGCAAAUCGGGGACGAGCUCAGGAGAAAUUUGGAGCCGUUGGGACGCCUGGUGUCCUUGGAAAUGGGAAAGAUAUUACCGGAGGGCAUAGGCGAGGUUCAGGAAUUCAUCGAUAUAUGCGACUACGCGGUCGGGCUGUCGCGGACGUUACCCGGCAGCCUAUUCCCGUCGGAGAGAAAGAACCACGCGCUGCUGGAGAAGUGGAAUCCCCUGGGUGUAGUCGGCGUCAUCUCCGCGUUCAAUUUUCCCAUAGCGGUAUACGGAUGGAACAGCGCUAUCGCUAUGGUCUGCGGUAACACCGUCGUCUGGAAGGAGGCAUCGAGCACACCCUUGAUAGCCAUCGCAACCACCAAGAUAAUCGCGAGUGUCUUGGAGCGCAACGGUAUCCCGGGUUCCGUCGCAUCCUUGAUCACGGGUGGACCGGACGUCGGAGAGACUCUGGUGAACGACAAGCGGGUACCUCUAAUUUCGUUCACCGGAAGCACGAACGUGGGGAGACAAGUAGCCCUCAAGAUUCAGCAAAGAUUUGGAAGAUCGCUGCUGGAGCUUGGUGGUAACAACGCACUUAUCGUCGCACAGGACGCCGAUUUGGAAAUGGCAGUGAGAGCGGCGGUCUUCUCGUGCGUCGGAACGGCUGGACAAAGAUGUACCACUACCAGGAGAUUAAUAUUGCACAAGAAGAUAAAGGACGAAUUUCUAGGGAGAUUGAAGACGGCGUACAAGAGCAUAUUGGAGCGAGUCGGAGACCCGUUGGAAGACAAUGUGCUGUAUGGACCGUUGCACAAUCAAUCAGCAGUUGACGCGUACAAGGUGGCGAUUCAGAAAGCCGUGGAAGCCGGCGGCACAAUAGAAUUCGGUGGAAAGCAAAUACAGCGAGCCGGUUUUUACGUCGAGCCAACGAUCAUCUCGGGUUUACGAGCUAGCGCCGAGGUGGUGCAACAGGAAACCUUCGCUCCGAUCGUGUACAUCCUGGAGGCAAACUCCCUGGAGGAGGCUAUCGAUCUUAACAACAGCGUGGAGCAGGGACUAAGCAGUAGUCUCUUUACUAAAAGUAUUGGAAAUGUAUUUCACUGGAUCGGCCCUCACGGGUCCGACUGCGGUAUAGUCAACGUCAACAUCGGCACCAGUGGCGCCGAGAUAGGCGGCGCGUUUGGCGGCGAGAAGGCCACGGGCGGAGGCCGCGAGAGCGGAAGCGACGCAUGGAAGCAUUACAUGCGGCGCGCCACCAUCACCAUCAAUUACGGAAACGAGCUACCUCUGGCACAGGGCAUCAAGUUCGAAUAAAUGUUCAACGGGCGUGCUUC